CUGUCUGCCAGCUGUGUGAUUUGCUGCUUACUUAUGUUCGUAUCCUUUACAUGUUCAAGACGUUACCAUUGCUCAUAUCUGAGCUGUUCAAGACCAUAUGGCAAAUCGAAAUCUUCUAUCCUAGAACUUGUGUGCUACUUGCAGCAAUUUUAUUGGUCGUUAUUAUUGCAGGGCUCAUCACUAUAUAAAAUGAAUGUUAAAACAUGUUAUAACCAACGAAUAGAAAGAAGAAAGUGGCAAAAAUGUGGUACACAAAUUGUUGGACAAGAGAUUGAGGUUCUGUAGGUCUUUUCACCCACUAACAGAUCUCUUUCAACCUUUUCUUUUUCAUUCUUAGUUCCCCAUUAGCCUCUAUCAACAAAGUGAACUCAUAUAUUCCGUCUCAAAAUGUGUAUAUACUUGUGUGGCGUACUCUUUCUUUUAGUUGAUUAUAAUGUGUGCUCUAAUUUCAAUUAAGAAUUGAUAGAGUAUAAAACUAUUCCUCGAACUCCAACAAUCUGCUUAAGCUUUAUAAAACUAUUCUUGGGACUCCAACCAUCAACUUAAGCUUUUGGUUGAGUUGGUCCUUUUGACAUUGUAUCAGAGCCAACGUGACAUAAAGGUCACGGGUUCAAAUCUCAUCCAUCCCUCCUAGUAGAAUAUUUAGCGUCAGGUACGAGGAAGACUUGUGCUGCAUCCACUUCAAACUCAAUGGACUCUCGCGUGAGAGGGGCGUGAUAAAGUAUAAAACUAUUCCUGGGACUCCAACCAUCAGCUUAAGCUUUUGGUUGAGUUGGUCCUUUGACAAGAAUUGGUAGGACAAACAUAAUUAAUAAUGAAUAACCAAUAAAAUAAAGCCAGUUACAUAUUGUGAGGAAAAGAUUUUGAUUCCAACAAAACAAAAGUCUAUCUCAACUGGGCCACCUUACUGCAACAUUUAACAUGUGUGCCAAAGCUAACAAGAAAGUUUUUUUGGACCAAGAGUGUACACCGUACAACCUACCUCAGACUCACAAAAUUGACAUGCAUCAAAUUCCAACAACCUUAUCUUUUCUUUAGAUGUGUACCAAUACCAUUCACAUGUUUAUGCCAACAAAAAAAUCCAAAGAAGGGGUUAUUCAUCAACUGGUCCUUGUUGUGAGAACAAAGAUAAUCUCAGAUGGAACAAGUUAUGAGUGGAGAAGGAAAGAGAGUUUGCGUGACUGGUGCUUCAGGCUAUAUUGCUUCUUGGAUUGUCAAGUUCUUGCUUCAGCGAGGCUACGUCGUUAAUGCUACUGUUCGCAGCCUAAAUGAUCCCACAAAAACAGAACACUUACUUGCAUUGGAUGGUGCUGAGAAGAGGCUUCACUUGUUUGAAGCCAACCUCUUAGAGGAAGGCUCCUUUGAUUCUGCUAUCUAUGGAUGUGAUGGAGUUUUCCAUACUGCAAGUCCCGUCAUUUUACAAUCAAAUGAUCCUGAGUCAGAAGUGAUUGAUCCUGCAGUGAAAGGAACACUCAAUGUUCUUGUCUCGUGUGCAAAAGUUGCGUCUGUCAAACGAGUGAUUUUCACAUCUUCUACAGCAGCAGUUGUACAUACUGCUAAUCCUCCAACCAAUGAAACAAUAGUUGAUGAAACUUGGUUUUCUUCUCCAGAGAGCUGCAAAGGGAAACUAGGGGAUUGUUAUUUGAUCUCAAAGACAUUAGCCGAGGAUGCUGCAUGGAAAUUUGCCAAAGAGAAGGGUAUUGACAUGAUAUCAAUGAAUCCUGCAGCUGUAAUAGGCCCAAUCUUACAACCAACAAUGAAUCUUACUACUUUUGUCUAUGUUUUUAACUUGAUUAAUGGGUCGGAAACCUAUCCAAAUUUAGCUUUUGGGUGGAUUCAUGUAAAAGAUGUUGCUGAAGCACAUAUACGUGCCUUGGAGAUUCCUUCUGCUAAAGGGAGGUACAUAUUGAGCGAAACUGUGGCGCAUUUUGCAGAUCUUGUCAACAUUUUGCACGAGCUUUACCCGAAUCUCAAGCUUCCCAAUAGGUGCGACGAUGAUUCGCCACUGGAUCCAACUUACAAGAUUUCUCAGGACAAAGCUAAAACCUUAGGCAUUGACUACAUCCCCUUGAAAGUUGCACUCAAAGAAACCGUUGAGUGCUUAAAGGAGAAGUUCAAUAUAAGUGUUUGAUAUAUAUGAUGGAUAUAACUUUUAUCAUAUAUCCGGAUGUAUCAUGGAAGAGUACUUUUUGUUCAUUACUUAUUUGAAACCUCUAAAUGAGCAAAAUUCGUAAUAAUAAGUAGAACUUCAAAAGCGCAAAUGAGCAACAAAAAACUUUGAAGGUACGAUGAAUGCUCUUAUAGGUUAAAGGUGAAUAACGACUUCAACAACCUUUCUUUAUUGGUAAAUAUACCUAAGCAUUAAAGAUUUGAAAUGAAAGGAGUGUCCUUAAUCAGGGAUGCAAAGCUAGGGACUUUAGAAAACUCUAUGAAGAUUGUUAUUUGUUAAGUGUAGGCCAGAAGUGCAGCAAGAUUUACAAAGGGAUUUACGAUGGUGUUACAUAUAUAGUUGUUAUUUGUUUAGUAGAGUAUGUCUGAAUUUUAAUUCUAUAAGUAUCAAGCUAUGGACUAAGCAAUAACCUACAUGCAUGGUUAUGCGUAGUCAUUUUAUCCAAUUUGAAUGAUGAUUUUAUUUUAUAUAAAAAGAUAA